UUUAUUCGUGAACAAUACAGCUCAGCUGAAAGUCGACUUACAUACGACUACUCUAGAAAAAAAUAGAAAUUCAAAACUCGAGUUCAAGACGGAGAAGUGAGAAAAAAAUAUAUUCAAGCUCUAGUUAGUUACCAAAACAAAAGGCAACAUUGAGUGUUAAUUUUGUGAAAAAAAGUCUAAUUGUUCAAAAAGCAAACACACCAUAGAAGUAGAAGAAGAAAUUCUUUAUUGAAGUCUGUGAAUUUUUCCAUCUGUGAAUUUUUCUAAAUUCAAAAGCAAAUAAGAAAUGUCUUGGCAAGGCGGUCCCUAUUAUCAAGAGUUGAUACAAUUUGAAGGCACACAAACGACGUCAAAUACAGAUCCGAAUCAACAAUAUUAUGGUGGCGGUUAUCCCCAAGGUGGUUAUCCACCACCAGGAGGCUAUCCCCAAGGUGGUUAUCCACCACCAGGCGGCUAUCCUCCACCCGGAGGCUAUCCCCCAGCCGGUGGUUAUCCACCUCCAGGAGGUUAUGGUGGUCCUGGUUUUGUUCCACCUCAACCAGGUUUUGUGCCACCACCCCAAAAUGAUUUUGGCGGUGGUUAUGAGGAUCCUGAGGGCCCCAAGAACUUUUCCUUCGAUGACCAAAGUGUGCGCAAAGGUUUCAUACGCAAAGUUUACAUGAUCUUAAUGGGACAAUUGUUGGUGACAUUCGGUUUCGUUGCUUUGUUUGCCUUCAAUAAGGCCACCAAGGAUUUUGCUAUGAGAAACCCUGCCCUAUUUUGGGUUGCAUUGGCCGUUCUGCUUGUUACAAUGAUCUGCAUGGCUUGCUGUGAAGGUGUACGUCGCAAGACACCCAUGAAUUUCAUAUUUUUGGGUUUGUUUACUCUGGCGGAGUCGUUCUUAUUGGGCGUUUCAGCAAGCAGAUAUGCUCCCACAGAGGUUCUAAUGGCCGUUGGCAUAACCGCAGCUGUCUGCUUGGCUCUGACCCUGUUUGCAUUCCAGACAAAAUACGACUUUACCAUGUGUGGCGGUGUUCUGUUGGUGUGCAUGGUCGUAUUUGUCAUUUUCGGCAUUGUGGCCAUAUUCCUUCCAGGCAAAAUAAUGACACUUGUCUAUUCAUCCAUCGGCGCUCUGCUAUUCUCCGUCUACUUGGUUUAUGACACUCAAUUGAUGAUGGGCGGCGAUCACAAGUACUCCAUUAGUCCCGAGGAAUAUAUAUUUGCUGCUUUGAAUCUGUACUUGGACAUUAUCAACAUCUUUAUGUAUAUUUUGGCCAUAAUUGGGGCCUCAAGGGAUUAGGACUGAAUUGUAGAGCCAUGCUGGUACAAACAAAACCAAACAACAUAACCUUAAACCACAUUAACAAAAAUGAAUAAAAAACACACGGAUCAUUGCUUAAUGUUUAAUAUACAAAAAAAAAAACCGAAUCCAAUCCCCUCCUCCCCCUCCCAUACUGAAUUUAAACGUAUUAUUUGUGUAUGAUUGUACUAACUUUGAUAUUUUUCCCCUUGCCAUGUGUUGGAUAUUUAACACAGGCUUUCUUUAUUCCUUAACCUUUCCCCCCCAAUAGCCAGUCAUACACAUUCAAACAUACAUAUUUAUUAUUAAAUAAAACUACUAUAUUAACUAAAACUAAGAGGAGAUGAAAUGUUCUCCCCAAAUAUUGGGUUUUGUUCUAUUUAUUCAACAUAAGAUAUGUAAUUAAACUGAUGUAUUAUUAUUACGAAACGUUUAACUAUUUAAUCAUAAGUGGUUUACUGAAUUUUGUUUUUGUCAAGUACAUAUGUAAAUGUAAUUUUAAGUAUUUUUUUAAUGUUAUUUAUAUGUGUAACUUUCCUCAUAAUUUGUUGUUGUGUCUUUUUUUGUUAUUUUGUUUUCUUUUUUCCAUAAUCCAUUUAAUACCAAAAAAAAACGAAAUUCCUUUUUUGUAGUUCUUAAACUUAUUAAAUUAUUAAAAAAUAUAUAAUAUUGCUUCUAAUGCAUAUAACAUAUGUUUGAUUUAAGUGUGUAUAAACCUUUUUUUCUUCAAAGAACUGAAAUGUUCUUCUCUUGGAAACACAGAUUUUGUUUCAAUUCUAUUUUGAAUAACAAAAUUAUGUAAAUUGAAAAAGAAAAGUUAACCAAAAAUUCAUUUUAACCAAAUAAAUUAUUGAAAAUUUCCCCAAAGACAAAAGUAUCUGUUGUAAGAGAAGAAAAAUGCAUGAGUAUUUCUAAGGACAUAUUAGAGAUAAAUAAAUGAAGAAUAUUUGAAUUGCAA